GGUAUUGGUGGGUUUUUGAAGAAGAAGAGGUGAUGAUGACGAUAGAGGGAAUGAUGGAUACGGGAGUUUUGGAUGAUAUAAUACGAAGAUUGUUGGAAGGGAAAGGAGGGAAACAGGUUAAGCUUUCUGAAGGGGAGAUUCGUCAGCUUUGUAUUAAUGCUAAACAAAUCUUCAUCUCUCAGCCUAAUCUUCUUCGGAUCAGUGCUCCUAUUAGAAUCUGCGGUGAUAUUCAUGGACAAUACCAAGAUCUCUUGAGGGUAUUCGAAUUCGGUGGGUACCCACCGGAUGCAAACUAUUUGUUCCUUGGGGAUUACGUAGACCGGGGCAAGCAAAGCUUGGAGACAAUAUGCUUGCUUUUGGCCUAUAAAAUCAGAUACCCGGACCGGAUUUUUCUCUUAAGAGGGAACCAUGAAGACGCCAAGGUGAACCGGAUUUAUGGGUUUUAUGAUGAGUGCAAAAGGAGAUUCAACGUUAGUCUUUGGAAACUAUUCACCAAUUGCUUCAACAAUUUGCCUGUGGCUGCACUCAUCGAUGAUAAGGUACUUUGUAUGCACGGCGGGUUGUCGCCGGAUUUGGAAAAUUUGGAUCAGAUCAAGGAGAUCGAGAGGCCGACGGAAGUUCCCGACGGUGGUCUUCUAUGUGACCUACUCUGGUCCGACCCUAAUCCGAACGUCGAGGGUUGGGGGGAUAGCGAUCGAGGCAUCUCGUGCACUUUCGGUGCCGAUAUUGUCGCUUCGUUUUUGGAGAAGAACGACCUCGAUCUCAUCUGCCGUGGUCAUCAGGUUGUGGAGGAUGGGUACGAGUUUUUUGCUAAUAGGAAAUUAGUAACAAUAUUUUCAGCUCCAAACUAUGGUGGAGAUUUUGACAACGCUGGUGCUCUAUUGAGUAUCGAUGAAGCUCUUGUGUGCUCUUUCGAGAUAUUGAAACCGGCAGUGCCGAGCAAUAAAGUCAAUUUAAAGAAGGUACGCACACUUUCGACCGCAGAAGAUCGGAACAACCUGAUGAGCCGUGAACCGAGCAGUUUCCGGGGAGGGGGAUGUUGUCGUUCUACACAAAUACGAAAUUCCGACAAGCUCGAUCGAAAAGCUGCAUUUCGGCUCCUCGAAUGGUAUUUCAAUAUUGAAUGA